UCUAAUAUAACGGAAGCAUUCGACUCCAGAGAGUCUCUGCUUCCGAACCCAAAAAAAGAAAAAGAAAAAAAAGAAAAAAGCAAUGGCGGCAGCGAUCCGGUGGUGCGCGGUGGUUUCAGCCGUGAUUCUGUUUUCUCUUCUCAUUUCUCCAUCGACUGCGAUCUACUGCGACGAAGACGAUUGCUAUGAUCUCCUCGGGGUUACGCAGAGUGCUAACGCUUCGGAAAUCAAGAAAGCUUACUAUAAGCUAUCACUCAAACAUCACCCGGAUAAGAACCCCGAUCCGGAAUCGAAGAAACUGUUUGUGAAAAUUGCCAAUGCAUAUGAGAUUUUGAAGGACGAGGAUACGCGAGCCCAAUACGAUUAUGCAAUUGAACAUCCUGAGGAGGUAUUUUACAAUACAGCUCGUUACUAUCAGGCAUACUAUGGUCACAAAACAGAUACUCGUGCUGUCCUUAUUGGCCUUCUUCUAGUUCUCUCAGCAUUUCAGUAUCUCAACCAGUGGACAAGGUAUAAUCAGGCUAUUGAAAUGGUCAAGAAGACGCCUGCUUACAAAAAUAAAUUACGAGCCUUGGAACUUGAACGCAGUGGAGGAACAACAAAUAAGAAGAAGAGUAACAAGCAGAUGAGCAACAGGAAAUUGGAAGAAGAUUUCAGUAAAGAACUUGAUCUGCAGAUAAAAGGAGCUGAAAUGCCCUCGGUCUGGGAGCUUGUUGGUGUCCGUUUUGUACUUCUACCUUACACUAUUGGAAAGCUAUUAUUAUGGUCAGGUUGUUGGUUCUGGAGAUACAAGGUGAAGAAAGCUCCAUAUUCUUGGGAAGAUGCCUCCUACCUGACACAAAGAUCCCUUGGAGCUUCUCUUGAUGCGUGGAAAACUGUUGAUGAUGCCACAAAGGAAGAUCUUGUUCAUAGACGUUUAUGGGAGAAGCCCAACUUGGAGAGCUACAUGUCUGAGAUGCGGAAAGAAUCAAAGCGCAGACGAUGAAAGAUUUUGAGGCCUUAUAUAAUACUCAUGACACAAUUUUGAUAGAAGUAAAACCUAUACAAAAUCAUCCACAACUGUACUAAGAUAUGAGAACCGUGGGUUGGUUUAUAGGAAAAUGGCAAGAGUAGGAUCAUUGUUGCAAACCACCAAAUUAGCAACGUGUGUAUGCUUUGAAAUACGAAGUCUAGACUCUAGAGGUGAGCUUAUAUGAUUGGUUUGUGGGUCAAUACUAUAGGCCUUGAAGUAGAGUUUUUCAGACUGGUGUUAUCUCGGAGGCCUUAGGGACUUUUUUGGUUUUUGCUGUUGUUUUUGUUUUUUAUAUCUAUGACCCCCUAAACUAAUAAUUUCUCAAGUAAUUUUAGAAGGAAGAGAGGAGACCCAUAAGCAGUUUGUAGAACUCGAAAACCAUUUAUUUAUUUUGACAGGAACGUCUAAAUUUAUUGUACUGGCUAAAAUAAAGCGACAUUGUAUUGAUCUCAAAAUUGGCAUUCUGCAUUCCGGAUUUC